AUGUAUAUGCAUCAUACGUGCACAAAAAUCUAUGCAAGUAUCACGGUUGAUUGUUGGAAUACCACCUUAUACGCUUUCAAAAAUUUCAAAAUCCCGCGAUCCCUUUCCACGUUCUGUCCCUUCUACUGCUAUAGAAACCCCCAUUCUCUCAUCUCUCUGUCUCUGCUCAAACCAUUGGCGCCGUCGUGCGUGAUAACCCUAGCGCUCCUCCACCAGAGGCUAGGAUUUCAGUGCCGACAAUGUUCGAAGACGAUCGAGAAUAUGAAGUUGAUGCGUUUUGGAAUAGUUGGUAUUUGUUUGCACAAGCUGGAUUGGUAUCUCUCUUGUAAUCCGAGGUAUAUUUGAUGAAAUUCAAGGGGCAUCUCUUUGUUGUGAAGAAAAAUGUGAUGAUUCAAGUUGGGAAGAUCAAAUAUCUUGUUGUUUAAAGAAUUUAGUGUAUUUGUAGGCAAUUGACAAUUCUAAUAAGUGGUGAAUAUCUCUUGCACCUUUUGUUGUAUUGAUAACUAGUGUUUGCCCGUGCCUACGGGCUACGGCACUACGCACCCCGGUAGUGCAUAGGCACGGGUAUUUUUGUAAUAUAUUUUUGUUUUUUUAUGUACGCCAAAAGCCGAGCAGUAAGUAAAAAGAGCCGAUGGCAUUUUUCUAAUAUAUUUACAAGAAUGUGGGUGUUUUCUUAGGAGAGUUGAAAAACACACAUCAGCCAUUAGAUCAAAUGAAUCUUAGCCUUUUUUUCAACUUGUGUUUGUGUGGUCCCCACACCCUUGUGUUUUAUUAGGUAGAUUCGUGGGACUCGAUCAUUGUGAGAGUGAAUAUUUUUUGAUUAAUGAGUAAUAGUUGUAUUUUUAUUGGUGUUA